CACUCAACAGGUUUUUCACUUUCUCUCUGUGUGAUUUAGGCUCAUCCGGCUGUGAAAGCAUUCAUGUGUGGCUCUCUGAGCGGGACGUGCUCCACGCUGCUCUUCCAGCCUCUGGACCUGGUGAAGACGCGUCUGCAGACCCUACAGAACGGCGUCCAGCCCGGGUCGGGUCGGAUUGGCAUGGUCACGGUCUUUGUAAGUGUCCUGCGGACGGAGAAGAUCCUCGGAUUAUGGAGAGGCGCUUCGCCUUCGUUUGUGCGCUGUAUUCCAGGUGUCGGCAUCUACUUCAGCACAUAUUUCACUCUAAAGCAGCACUUUUUUGCAAAUGGGGCCCCGGGGCCCUUACAGGCCAUACUGCUGGGAGCCGGAGCCAGAUGUGUCGCAGGAGUCUGCAUGCUGCCCGUCACCGUCAUCAAAACACGCUUCGAGAGCGGCCGCUAUAAGUACAGCAGUGUGUUAGGAGCGCUGCGGUGUGUGUGUCGGACGGAAGGAACGAAGGCUCUGUUCUCAGGUCUGACGGCCACGCUGCUCAGAGAUGCACCAUUUUCUGGGAUUUACGUCAUGAUCUACAGCCAGGCCAAAUACACGCUGCCACGAGAGAUCAGUCAGUCGUCUUACGCUCCGCUAGCAAACUUCAGCUGUGGUAUUCUGGCCGGUGUUCUGGCCUCUAUUGUAACCCAGCCAGCAGAUGUAGUGAAAACUCAUGUUCAAGUGAGUCCAGACAUCUUCAGCAGGACAUCAGAUGUGAUUCGAUACAUUUACAAGGAGCAUGGUUUGGUGGGGUUUUUCCGUGGCGCGGUUCCUCGCUCUCUCAGGAGAACCAUGAUGGCGGCGAUGGCGUGGACGGUGUACGAGCAGCUGAUGGCUCAGAUGGGCCUCAAAUCCUGAGACUGAUCAAAACUACAUCAACAAGAUCUUCACAUGGGAUGUUUCUUUGACUGUGAUCCAUUUUAUUCUCAAUUAACUGAAGUGAGAAUCAUGCUGUAAACCAGUGGUCUUAAACUCAAUUCUUGUAGUCCUGAAGACCUUGGAUUACACACAUUAGCUGGAUCAGGUGUGCUUGAUUAGGGUUGGAGCUAAACUGUGCAGAGCUGUGGCCCUCCAGGAAUUGAGUUUGAGACCAGUGCUGUAAACACAGAUGUGAACUUUAAAAUGCACUUUAUGCCCACUUUGCUUCUCUUGUCUGUUUGUGAGUAAAUAAUGCUGCAUAUGUUGUGCUAUAAUAAAGUUUUUAUAUACGAUGUA